CUCUCUCUCUCUCUCUUCUUCAACAAGACUCACAAUCAUGUCUGCAAGGGGAUCCAAUGUCAAGCUAGUCCUUCUCGGUGAAGCAGCUGUUGGCAAAUCUAGCUUAUGCUUGCGCUUUGUGCAAUCUGAUUUCCAGGAAAACAAAGAACCUACUAUUGGCGCUGCGUUUUUGACACAGAAAUGCCAGAUUGAGAACCGGACGGUUAAAUUUGAGAUUUGGGAUACAGCUGGUCAGGAGCGUUUCCAUUCACUGGCGCCGAUGUACUAUCGCAAUGCGCAAGCUGCAGUGGUUGUGUAUGAUAUCACAAAAGCAGCGUCGCUGGAUAAGGCCAAGACGUGGGUGAAGGAGUUACAACGUCAAGCCAGUCAAAAUAUCAUUAUUUGCUUGGCUGCCAAUAAGCUUGAUUUGGCAGAUGCUGCAGGGGAGGACGAGGGUGAUGCAGAGGACUCAACAGUGCCACGUCGUCAAGUGACGUUCGAAGAGGGAAAAGCGUAUGCGGAGGAACAAGGGCUGCUGUUCUUUGAGACGAGUGCCAAGACUGGGCAGGGUGUGCAGGAUGUGUUUGAGGGGAUUGCGAGGGGGAUUCCUGAGGAGGUGCCUGUUGCGAGGCAGACGCAGCGGGAGGAGCGUGUUGACUUGAGCAGUGGCGGAGGUGGUGAUGGAAGCAAGUCUGGUCAGUGUGCGUGUUAG